UUCAGCGCCACCUGAUUCGAAAAACUGCGAAUUAGAGUCGUGUGUAGUGGGAAGUUAGAUUGGUAAAAAUACUCGCCAGUCGCUAGUUUACCGACUUGGAAUUUUAGCGACAUUCGUGACGCGACGUUGGCAUCACUGCUAUUCAAAAUAUUUUGAACGCGUCCCAACGCAACAGUCAUAUGGUUAUGGCUAGUGUAAAUCAUACAACUGAUCCGGAAAACAGUUAUUAUUUACUCGAACUUAUUUGCGAGUGCAAUGGCUAUUGAGGGGCUUAAGUGCAAUGUACUUGACAUCUUCCAAAAUGACAUCUUCCAAAACAACAUUAAGGAUGAAUGGAUAUCGUCGUGUCGAGAGUUUCGGCUACGUGUUGACUCCAGAAUCGAACAGAAACGCCUCUAUGAAAAGGAUUGUAGUAAAAAGAAAUCUGUUUACAUGGAUAAGAUGUCAGAGCUGCAACAGGAAAUUACCACAGCAAAAUCUGACAUAGAUUCUGUCAUAUUGCAACAAAAAAUAACAGAUAAGAAGAUAUCAAAUAUGAUAAAGUCACAGGAGGAUGUAAAGGAUGAGCUGGAAAAGGUAAAGGCACGAAGAGAAGCCUUGCUGCUGGAAAUGGUAGAUAUACAGCAGGAAAUAGAAGAAAGGAAGAAAAAGAAAAUCUCACAAUGGGAUGCCAUUAAACGUGCAUGUCUCAAAUACAAAGUACAUUUGGAUAUACAUAUAAGUCUUCAAGAGGAUAAGAAUUGUCAGUUCAUAACAAUGUCCUUUUUCACAAACAAUGAAGAGGCAAAGAAUAAAUACUUCGUUCAAUUAUCAUACAGUGAUAACCACUGGACAGUCGAACAAAUUGAACCGAGAAUAAGGAAAGAGCAUUUUAACAAACUAAGCAUUACAAAGGAUUCUUCUGAACGUUCCAGAGUCUCGGAUAUCUCUUUGUUUCUUUAUCAAGUACGAAGUAUAUUUUUAAAGCAUUACAUGAAAACGUAG